CGCUUCGAUAUCGUCGUCUGCCGCCCGUGUUGUGUGUGUGUUUUAAUUUCCUGGUUUAUUCAUGAUUUUUUGUUAAUUUUCAUUUACUGCAAGCACAAAGGUGACGACAAAACGCGUUGUAGGCGUCUUUUCUUUGCUAACGGUCGGUGUCGAACGGUCUGAACACAGUAGCAGCAGCAACAGCAGCAGCAGAAACUGCCAACAUCAUGAGCAUACCCAACGAAUACAUUGCAAAAACCGAAGAUGUGGCUGAACAGGUGAUCAAGCGUGGCAAAAAUGUGCUGCCAACUGUGGCGCGGCUGUGUCUCAUUGCCACCUUCUUCGAGGAUGGUCUGCGUAUGUAUUUCCAGUGGAACGAACAGCGCGAAUACAUGGACAUGAGCUGGGGCUGUGGCAAGUUUCUGGCCACCGUCUUUGUGCUGACCAAUCUGUUUGGACAACUGGGCGGCUGUGGCAUGGUGAUGGCUCGAUUCAAGGUUGACAUUGCUGUUGGUCUGCUCUUCUUCAUCGUUGUGCUACAGACAAUUGCGUACUCGAUCCUGUGGGAUUUCCAGUUCUUGCUACGUAACUUUGCAUUGAUCGGUGCCCUGCUCCUGGUGCUUGCUGAGGCGAGAAUCGAGGGACGCAGUUUAUUUGCUGGUGUGCCAUCUCUGGGUGACAAUAAGCCCAAGAACUUCAUGCAGUUGGCUGGCCGCAUUUUGUUGGCUUUCAUGUUCAUUACACUGAUUCGCUUCGAAUUGAGCGUAUGGAAUGUGAUUCAGGACAUUAUUGGAUCCACAUUGAUGGUACUUGUUGUGCUUGGCUAUAAGACAAAGUUGUCGGCGCUAAUUCUGGUCGCGUUGCUCACCAUACUCAACUUGUACCACAAUGCUUGGUGGACUAUUCCCUCAUACAAACCGCUCAGAGAUUUCUUGAAAUACGACUUUUUCCAGACACUAUCCGUCAUUGGUGGACUGCUCAUGAUUGUUUCCUUGGGACCCGGUGGUGUUUCAAUGGAUGAACACAAGAAGAAGUGGUAGAAGUGGCACCUAUAGAAAUCGCUAUCAAUACAAAAGCAUCGAUCGCGAUUAAUUUUUACUGAAAAGAAAAUAUUUAGUUAGAAUUACCAUAAAAUGGAACAACAGGAUGCAACAAACAGCACAGAACAGCUCAGCACAACACGACACACAUCAAAUACUUGACUUAUUGAUAAAUGAAAUGAAAGGGACUUCCGCAAUAUCCAGGCUUAUCCAUUAUGAUUAUGGCCCCACCAAACAACACACAAAACAUUCGCGCACGUUCAACGACAUACUUCGUAUAUACUAAACAUAAAUAUAAGAGACAACAUUUCGUUUUGUACAUAAAACACAUGGCGAUUUAUGCCCCUAAUGAGAGACAUUAACUGAUUUUUGAUAUGCUUAAUCUGUCCUUCCGCACAUACAUAAUUUUAUCAAUUUUAUUUUUUUAAUUUAAUUUGUUUUCGCUAUCCUCUAUGAGUUUAUUACAAAUUGUGUUUGCGAUUGUUGUUUGAUAGAAGUUCGGUGUAUAAAAUAUGAUGAAUUGUACCAAUUGACGAUAAUUUGUUUCUUUCGUUUAUAAGCAAAAGUGUAAUAGCAUUAAAUUGUAACGUUUUAAUAAAGAAAAAAACAAGUAAAAAGCGAUAAAAAAA